UGAUCUAUUGUAGACCUACGCCAAUAAUACGCUCAGUGUGAUAACUGACCUCAGAUAGAAACGAGCUACUCGGCUCAAUGACCCGUAAACUUUCAUUAUGAGGCAAAGAAUGGAUCUGAAUAUUUCAUUCACUUGCUGAGAAAUAUGUGGUUGAUGUCCAGCUUCGUUGUGAGAAUACCGUUGAAAGCUUGAAAUAGAGUGGUCAAGAGCAAUGACGCCCGCUUGUUUCCCUGUAGUCUUGACCAUGUUCUCUCUCUGUAGUAUCCUAAUUGGAACCGUCAAAGUCAUGGAUGUGUGUUGGUCGCCGAUAUGUCAAAAUCACUUCAGACGACUUCUACAGAGCUAGGAACCGCACUGGGAAUAUUCGUUGCGUUUACUUUUUUAGCAGCCCCCGUUGUUGCAGCCCUUUAUAGUCGUUGUGGUCGAAAGCGCGUCUUUUUAUUGGUAGGCGCCACCUUGGAGUCCGGUGCCAUGAUGCUUAUGCCGUUUGUCACUACUAACUUAGUAGUAUUCAUCUUAUUUGCUUUUGUGGGAAUCGGGAAUAGCAUUAUGUGGAUGACUUGCUUCAUAGUGUUGACUAGACUUGCUGGUGAGAACUUCAACCUUCUUUUUAGCCUAGCAAUGUGUGGAUAUCCUGUAGGAAUGGUCUUGCUCCCCUUCCUAGCAGAGGAGUUGCUUGCUGUAUACAGUUGGCGGGACGUCCUCUUAAUCCUGAGUGGAUUAUACUUAAACCUAAUACCGUGUGUCAUGAUCAUCAAGGUGCCCUUAGACCAAGAAGAGCAUGCGUCCAGGACUGAAACUGCAUUGCAAGGAGGUAUUCCAUCCGAUGAUGCGUCGCACUCGACAUUGUACAAAAGAGUCCAGGGUGCAGAAGGUGGCUACUGUCAAGAUAUUAAUAACGACAGUGACAGUGAUUAUGUAGACCAGGACAGACAUGCGGAAACUCUCUCUUCCUCUACGACGAACCAAGAUUUGGUGAAAAGCGAUUCCAACAAUUUGUCCAUUGAUGAUGAACCAUCUGCCAAGCAUGGCCCACUUGACAUCAGUGGUUUCUUGAGAAGAAUAGUAGUGUGGUGGAGAAGCUCAGAAUUUUAUGCGAAUCCGUUGUUAUUUUUCAACAUCCUUUCGUAUGGCAUGCAUGAAUUUGUGUUCACUGGAUGGCAUGUGUUCCUUUUACCACACGCCCUCCAAAGAGGAACCUCAACCAGAAACACAAUUAUCAUAGCCUUAAGUGCAGCUGUGGGGGAUCUAUUCGGACGCAUCUCCGUCGGUGUUUUGACUCACAAGCUCGUGGACCCCAUCAAUAUGUACCUAGCCUUGACAGUCUUGAACAUAUCUGCACUGGUAUGUGAUGGAUUUCUUCCUUACUUCUUUGGCAUGCUGGUGACAUCGUGUUCUUCAGGUUCCGCCAUUGCAGGAAGGGCUGUGCUAGGGCCACUGGGGAUUAAGGCCAUAGUCUCUGGUGAGAACCUGCCAAUGGUCAUAGGUGUGCUUUAUGUCGCUUCGGGCUGUGGAGGUUUAUUGGGUGGAUACGCAGCAGGACUGAUAGCCGACAGGGUAUCAUCAUUUGACGCGAGUUUCAGGUUGCUGGCCGUAGUCGACAUAUUUACCUUCACCUCCAUGGUAAUGCCUAAACUAGUCAGGAGACUAUACCAGAUAGUUCAUAGUACGCAGUAAAGUAUUUGUGAUUAUAAUAAUAUUAACAGCCGAGGUGGUGAUUAUAAUCAUAAUAGAGAUAGUAAUUCCAUGAUGAUACGAAUGAGACGAUAGAAGAUCGAAAAGGAAUAUACCAUCGAUCACAAUAUUUCAUCAGAGAUUAUCCGGUAGUGGGUGUUCUAGUUAAAUGCUUAACAUGGUUUAGAUCCUAUGUAACCCUGAAUCAGAUUGUGAAGAAGGUCUUCAUUUGAGAGAGCUAAAGCGUGAACCAUAAAUCAUAUUGAUGGGCGUACCACAGGGAUCUAUGUUGGGUCCACUAUUUGUCCAACUAUAUAGAUACUGUCAUUUAUCUUAUGAUAAUGUAUAUACACGUAAGUAUGUAGAUGAAAACCACUUUACCUCUCAGUUAAAGUACUAUCUUUCAGUGGAAUUACAAGAAUCAGUGAUGGAGAUAAUAAUCGAUAUCUAUUUUACUUUAUGUAUUGAUAACGAAAUGAAUUGUUGCAAACAAAUUGACAAAGUAACAAAAUGUAAUUACUGUGUGCUAAAUUGAUCAAUUAUUCAUUACAUGUGAUGGUAUCUUUCAACUUCCUGUAAAAGUUAUAGUAUCCUCACUGUUUAUAUCAAGCUGUGUCUUUUCGUUGUGACAUUUAAGGUCAGUGACAUAUAAAUUCAGAUCUGGUUGGUACACGUCUUAAAAAACCCAAUUACACCAAAAAACACAAAUUUACUACUGCAAAGGGGCCGGCAGACACCCUACAUAAGAGGGGCCCCCGAAUGGCCCAUGAAAAACAUGGGAGAUACUACCCAAACCAUUAAAAAAGGCGCAUUCCACACAGUAAUCAACUGUUGAUGCAAGACAAAUUUUAUUAUACAAAGGUCCCCCAAAAAAGAAGGAUGGCCCGAUGUGGACCGUGGGCCUCAGGAAUUGAACGAUAUUGUAGAUUAAAUUUGCCUUGUAACACGACAUUUCAAGCAGAUCACAUUAUUUGAAUCCUAAAGUUGAUUACAGAAUAAAACGUGGUGUAUUCUAAUAUUUAGUGACUAUCAAAAAAUUACUAAUUUUAAUCCAAUUAACAUCUAUUAAUAAUUUAGCAUUUGCCUAUAAGUUUUUCAGAUACCACAAGCUAGAGAGGAUCUUUUGUGCUCCCUACAUCUUUCACAUAAUUAUCUCUCUGUAUCUCCAUGUCAGUCCUCCCCUUGUUUUCCCCUUUUUUUUUUCCGUCAAGCAGAAACUGAAAUUGAUAGUAUAGCCUUUUGUAUUGCGAUUUGAAAUGUAUUUCAAAUAUCACGUAGAUAUUGAAUAUUUUGUUACUUCAAUGUCAACUUCAAAUAAAAGACCUUAUCCUUUUUUUGGCCGCUGCCUACUUCAGCAUACAAGUAUUUAACUGUUUGUGGUAUUCUACUAUUUGAUGUGAUGCAUCUUGUCUUUUAAAAAUUCUUCUUUCUUUGUUUUUGCUUCCAGUGAAAUGAAAUAAACGAAUGAACGAAUGUUAA